CAGAAGAAGAAGAAGAAGGAGAACCGUUAUAAUCUCCGCCAUUACAGUUUCCUGCGCUUCUCUACAGUCUUUCAGAUCUGGAAACGUUAAAGUUCUUCUUCUUAAGUAGCAGAUAAACUAUAAUGAAAAUGUAUUAAUCAGUUACAGUCGGUAUUAAGAUCUCUCUGUAGGUAUUUAGCGGGUUUUGUUCACACUCAUCGCUGUCGGUCGGGAGGGUGUGGUUCAGAAACAACAGCGAGCAUUAAUGAUAUUCAUCGAAAUCAGAUUUUGCUGGAAUCUUCGACAGUAUGAAGAACAAUUUCAAAUUCUUUCAGAUUUUUCUACUAAUGUGCGGAGUGUUCAGUGCUGGAACAGAUGAAGUGAAGACAGUGAUGGAGGGAGAUUCAGUCACUCUAAACCCUGAUCUUACUCAAAUACAGGGAAUUAUUCAGAUGAAGUGGAGGUUUGGAGAUUCACGUUCAGUCAUUGCUCUAAUUGAGGGAAAUAUGAUUUCAUAUCCCAUUGUCCCUGAGAUGUUCAAAGACAGACUGAAGCUGGAUCAGACUGGAUCUCUGACAGUCACAAACAUGAAAACCAAACACUCUGGACUUUAUAAACUAGAGAUCAACCACGACACUGGGACCUUACGUUUGGAUUUUAGCAUUAAUGUCUACGAGUCUCCAGCUGUUAUUGAUGCUUUUAAAGGUGAAACGAAGAGUGUAUCAGAGACUGAGGGAUAUCCUGUCACUCUUCAGACUGAUACUGAAACACACGGAGAUGAGCUGAUAGUGUGGAGGUUUGGAGAUGAAGGAAAACUCAUAGCUAAACAUGAUCUAGAGGCCAAGAGUCUAAGAUUAUAUAAUGAUCCUGAUGAGAGAUUCAGAGACAGACUGAAGCUGAAUAAUCAGACCGGAUCUCUGACCAUCAGAGACUUCAGAACCACAGACUCUGGAGUUUAUAAAGUGAAGAUCAGCAGCAGCAAACAGACUUUAUACAAGAGAUUCACUGUUACUGUCAGCGAUCCAGGUCUGUCUCCAGGUGCUGUAGCAGGGAUUGUUGUUGUUCUGCUGCUGGUAUUUUCAGCUGCCGCAGCUGCUGGUGUUUUUUACUAUCGUCACAAAGUCUCUGAACUACUAAAGCGAAUGAGACAAGUGAAGACAUCAGUGCUGAAGGGACGUCCUGUCACUCUGAACUAUGAUACUGAAAUACAGAAGGAUGAUAAAAUACAGUGGAAGUUUGAAGAGAAACUCAUAGCUGAAAUGACUGGAGAGAACCGUGAGAACCCUCAAUGGUCUGAUGAAUUCAGAGACCAAAUGAAGCUGGACCCUCAGACUGGAUCUCUCAUCAUUCACCAAACCAGACCUGAACACUCUGGAUUAUAUAAACUAGAGAUCAAUACCAGUGAUUAUUCAACAUUCAGACUCUUCAGGAUUAUCGUCUUUGAUGAAGAGAAGUCAGUGUCAGUGAUGAAGGGGGCGGAUGUGACUCUAUGUGUCAAUCCUGAAAUACAGACAGGAGAUAAGAUAUUCUGGAUGUUUGGAGAUGAAAACCGUCCCGUAGCUAAAAACACAAAAGAUAAGUGUGAAGAAGAGUCUGAGUACAGUGAUGAUAGAUUUAUAGACAAAGUGGAUCUGAAUCGUCAGACUGGAGAUCUCACCAUCAAGAAAAUCAAAACUAUCCACACUGGAGAAUACAAACUAAAGAUCAUCAGAAAUGGCAAAUCCUCAUUGAAGUUAUUCAAUGUUACUGUUUCUGGACAAGUGAAUGAAUCAGUGCUGAAGGGAGAUUCUGUCGCUCUGUACUAUGAUACUGAUAUACAGAAGGAUGAUAAAAUACAGUGGAAGUUUGGAGCUGAAGAGAAACUCAUAGCUGAAAUGACUGGAGAGAACCGUGAGGACCCUCAAUGGUUUGAUGAUAAAUUCAGAGACCAAAUGACGCUGGACCCUCAGACUGGAUCUCUCUUCAUUCACCGAACCAGACCUGAACACUCUGGAUUAUAUAAACUAGAGAUCAAGACCAGUGAUUAUUCAACAUUCACACUCUUCAGGAUUAUCGUCUGUGAUGAAGAGAAGUCAGUGUCAGUGAUGAGGGGGGCGGAUGUGACUCUACGUGUCAAUACUGAAAUACAGACAGGAGAUAAGAUAUUCUGGAUGUUUGGAGAUGAAAACCGUCCUGUAGCUAAAAACACAAAAGAGAAGUGUGAAGAAGAGUCUGAGUGCAGUGAUGUUAGAUUUAAAGACAAAGUGGAUCUGAAUCGUCAGACUGGAGAUCUCACCAUCAAGAAAAUCAGUAUUUUCAACACUGGAAAAUACAAACUAAAGAUCAUCAGAAAUGGCAAAUCCUCAUUCAAGAUAUUCAAUGUUACUGUUUCUGAACAAGUGAAUAAAUCAGUGCUGAAGGGACGUCCUGUCACUCUGAACUAUGAUACUGAUAUACAGAAGGAUGAUAAAAUACAGUGGAAGUUUGAAGAGAAACUCAUAGCUGAAAUGACUGGAGAGAACCGUAAGAACCCUCAAUGGUCUGAUGAUGAAUUCAGAGGCCAAAUGAAGCUGGACCCUCAGACUGGAUCUCUCACCAUUCAACAAACCAGACCUGAACACUCUGGAUUAUAUAAACUAGAGAUCAAGACCAGUGAUUAUUCAACAUUCAGACUCUUCAGGAUUAUCGUCUUUGAUGAAAUGAAGUCAGUGUCCGUGAUGGAGGAGACGGAUGUGACUCUACGUGUCAAUCCUGAAAUACAGACAGGAGAUAAGAUAUUCUGGAUGUUUGGAGAUGACAACCGUCCUGUAGAUAAAAACACAGAAGAGAAGUGUGAAGAAGAGUCUGAGUGCAGGAAUUUGAGAUUCAUAGACAAAGUGGAUCUGAAUGAUCAGACUGGAGAUCUCACCAUCAAGAACAUCAGAAAAAUCAACACUGGAGAAUACAAACUAAAGAUCAUCAGAAAUGGCAAAACCUCAUUCAAGUUAUUCAAUGUUACUGUUUCUGAACAAGUGAAUAAAUCAGUGGAGAAGGGACGUCCUGUCGCUCUGUACUAUGAUACUGAAAUACAGAAGGAUGAUAAAAUACAGUGGAAGUUUAGGACUGAAGAGAAACUCAUAGCUGAAAUGACUGGAGAGAACCGUGAGAACCCUCAAUGGUCUGAUGAAUUCAGAGACCAAAUGAAGCUGGACCCUCAGACUGGAUCUCUCAUCAUUGAACGAACCAAACCUGAACACUCUGGAUUAUAUAAACUAGAGAUCAAUAACAGUUAUUAUUCAACAUUCAGACUCUUCAGGAUUAUCGUCUUUGAUGAAAUGAAGUCAGUGCCAGUGAUGGAGGGGGCGGAUGUGACUCUACAUGCCAAUACUGAGAUACAGAUAGGAGAUAAGAUAUUCUGGAUGUUUGGAGAUAAAAACAGUCUUGUAGAUAAAAACACAGAAGAGAAGUGUGAAGAAGAGUCUGAGUACAGUGAUGAUAGAUUUAAACCCAAUGUGGAUCUGAAUCCUCAGACUGGAGAUCUCACCAUCAAGAAAAUCGAAACUUUCCACAGUGGGGAAUACAAACUAAAGAUCAUCAGAAAUGGCAAAACCUCAUUCAAGUUAUUCAGUGUUAUUUAUAUUGCACAUCAAGGAAAUAAAUCAGUGGAGAAGGGAGAUUCUGUCACUCUGUAUGAUACUGAUUCUGAUAUACAGAAUGAUGUUAAAAUACAGUGGAAGUUUGAAGAGAAACUCAUAGCUGAAAUGACUGGAGAGAACCGUGAGAACCUUCAAUGGUCUGAUGAUGAAUUCAGAGACCAAAUGAAGCUGAACCCUCAGACUGGAUCUCUCACCAUUCAACAAACCAGACCUGAACACUCUGGAUUAUAUAAACUAGAAAUCAUCACCAGUGAUUAUUCAACAUUCAGACUCUUCAGGCUUAUCGUCGGUGAUGAAGUGAAGUCAGUGUCUGUGAUGAUGGGGGAGGAUGUGACUCUACGUGUCAAUACUGAAAUACAGACAGGAGAUAAGAUAUUCUGGAUGUUUGAUUAUGAAAACCGUCUUGUAGCUAAAAACACAGAAGAGAAGUGUGAAGAAGAGUCUGAGUACAGUGAUGAUAGAUUUAAAGACAAAGUGGAUCUGAAUGAUCAGACUGGAGAUCUCACCAUCAAGACAAUCAGAGCUAUCCACACUGGAAAAUACAAACUAAAGAUCAUCAGAAAUGGCAAAUCCUCAUUCAAGAUAUUCAAUGUUACUGUUUCUGGACAAGUGAAGACAUCAGCGCUGAAGGGAUGUCCUGUCACUCUGAAAAUUUAUUCUGAAAUACAGAAGGAUGAUAAAAUACAGUGGAAGUUUGAAGAGAAACUCAUAGCUGAAAUGACUGGAGAGAACCGUGGGAACCCUCAAUGGUUUGAUGAUGAAUUCAGAGACCAAAUGACGCUGGACCCUCGGACUGGAUCUCUCACCAUUAAUCAAACCACACCUGAACACUCUGGAUUAUAUAAACUAGAGAUCAAGACCAGUGAUUAUUCAACAUUCAGACUCUUCAGGAAUAUCGUCUUUGAUGAAGAGAAGUCAGUGUCAGUGAUGAAGGGGGCGGAUGUGACUCUAAGUGUCAAUACUGAAAUACAGAGAGGAGAUAAGAUAUUCUGGAUGUUUGGAGAUGACAACAGUCCUAUAGAUAAAAACACAGAAGAGAAGUGUGAAGAAGAGUCUGCGUACAGUGAUUCUAUAUUUAAAGAUAAAGUGGAUCUGAAUCGUCAGACUGGAGAUCUCACCAUCAAGACAACUGAAACUGACCACACUGGAGAAUACAAACUAAAGAUCAUCAGAAAUGGCAAAUCCUCAUUCAAGAUAUUCAGAGUUACUGUUUCUGAUCAAGUGAAGACAUCAGCGCUGAAGGGAUGUCCUGUCAUUCUGUACUAUGAUACUGAUAUACAGAAGGAUGAUAAAAUACAGUGGAAGUUUGAAGAGAAACUCAUAGCUGAAAUGACUGGAGAGAACCGUUGGAAACCUCAAUGGUUUGCUGAUGAUGAAUUCAGAGACCAAAUGAAGCUGGACCCUCGGACUGGAUCUCUCAUCAUUCAACAAACCACACCUGAACACUCUGGAUUAUAUAAACUAGAGAUCAAUAACAGUUAUUAUUCAACAUUCAGACUCUUCAGUCUUAUCGUCUUUGAUGAAAUGAAGUCAGUGCCAGUGAUGGAGGGGGCGGAUGUGACUCUACAUGCCAAUACUGAGAUACAGAUAGGAGAUAAGAUAUUCUGGAUGUCUGGAGAUAAAAACAGUCUUGUAGAUAAAAACACAGAAGAGAAGUGUGAAGAAGAGUCUGCGUACAGUGAUGAUAGAUUUAAACCCAAUGUGGAUCUGAAUCCUCAGACUGGAGAUCUCACCAUCAAGAAAAUCAGAACUAUCCACAGUGGAGAAUACAAACUAAAGAUCAUCAGAAAUGGCAAAACCUCAUUCAAGUUAUUCAGUGUUAUUUAUAUUGCACAUCAAGGAAAUAAAUCAGUGGAGAAGGGAGAUUCUGUCACUCUGUAUGAUACUGAUUCUGAUAUACAGAAUGAUGUUAAAAUACAGUGGAAGUUUGAAGAGAAACUCAUAGCUGAAAUGACUGGAGAGAACCCUCAAUGGUCUGAUGAUGAAUUCAGAGACCAAAUGAAGCUGAACCCUCAGACUGGAUCUCUCACCAUUCAACAAACCAGACCUGAACACUCUGGAUUAUAUAAACUAGAAAUCAUCACCAGUGAUUAUUCAACAUUCAGACUCUUCAGGCUUAUCGUCGGUGAUGAAGUGAAGUCAGUGUCUGUGAUGAUGGGGGAGGAUGUGACUCUACGUGUCAAUACUGAAAUACAGACAGGAGAUAAGAUAUUCUGGAUGUUUGAUUAUGAAAACCGUCUUGUAGCUAAAAACACAGAAGAGAAGUGUGAAGAAGAGUCUGAGUACAGUGAUGAUAGAUUUAAAGACAAAGUGGAUCUGAAUGAUCAGACUGGAGAUCUCACCAUCAAGACAAUCAGAACUGACCACACUGGAAAAUACAAACUAAAGAUCAUCAGAAAUGGCAAAUCCUCAUUCAAGAUAUUCAAUGUUACUGUUUCUGGACAAGUGAAGACAUCAGCGCUGAAGGGACGUUCUGUCACUCUGAAAAUUUAUUCUGAAAUACAGAAGGAUGAUAAAAUACAGUGGAAGUUUGAAGAGAAACUCAUAGCUGAAAUGACUGGAGAGAACCGUGGGAACCCUCAAUGGUUUGAUGAUGAAUUCAGAGACCAAAUGACGCUGGACCCUCGGACUGGAUCUCUCACCAUUAAUCAAACCACACCUGAACACUCUGGAUUAUAUAAACUAGAGAUCAAGACCAGUGAUCAUUCAACAUUCAGACUCUUCAGGAAUAUCGUCUUUGAUGAAGAGAAGUCAGUGUCAGUGAUGAAGGGGGUGGAUGUGACUCUAAGUGUCAAUACUGAAAUACAGAGAGGAGAUAAGAUAUUCUGGAUGUUUGGAGAUGACAACAGUCCUAUAGAUAAAAACACAGAAGAGAAGUGUGAAGAAGAGUCUGCGUACAGUGAUUCUAUAUUUAAAGAUAAAGUGGAUCUGAAUCGUCAGACUGGAGAUCUCACCAUCAAGACAACUGAAACUGACCACACUGGAGAAUACAAACUAAAGAUCAUCAGAAAUGGCAAAUCCUCAUUCAAGUUAUUCAAUGUUACUGUUUCUGCUGCAGAUCAAGUGAAGACAUCAGCGCUGAAGGGAUGUCCUGUCAUUCUGUACUAUGAUACUGAUAUACAGAAGGAUGAUAAAAUACAGUGGAAGUUUGAAGAGAAACUCAUAGCUGAAAUGACUGGAGAGAACCGUUGGAAACCUCAAUGGUUUGCUGAUGAUGAAUUCAGAGACCAAAUGACGCUGGACCCUCGGACUGGAUCUCUCAUCAUUCAACAAACCAGACCUGAACACUCUGGAUUAUAUAAACUAGAGAUCAAGACCAGUGAUCAUUCAACAUUCAGACUCUUCAGGAAUAUCGUCUUUGAUGAACAGAAGUCAGUGUCAGUGAUGAAGGGGGCGGAUGUGACUCUACGUGCCAAUACUAAAAUACAGACAGGAGAUAAGAUAUUCUGGAUGUUUGGAGAUGACAACAGUCCUAUAGAUAAAAACACAGAAGAGAAGUAUGAAGAAGAGUCUGAGUACAGUGAUGUUAGAUUUAAAGACAAUGUGGAUCUGAAUCGUCAGACUGGAGAUCUCACCAUCAAGAAAAUCGAAACUGACCACACUGGAGAAUACAAACUAAAGAUCAUCAGUAAUGGCAAAUCCUCAUUCAAGAUAUUCAGUGUUACUGUUUCUGGACAAGUGAAGACAUCAGCGCUGAAGGGACGUCCUGUCACUCUGAAAAUUUAUUCUGAAAUACAGAAGGAUGAUAAAAUACAGUGGAAGUUUGAAGAGAAACUCAUAGCUGAAAUGACUGGAGAGAACCGUGGGAACCCUCAAUGGUUUGAUGAUGAAUUCAGAGACCAAAUGACGCUGGACCCUCGGACUGGAUCUCUCACCAUUAAUCAAACCACACCUGAACACUCUGGAUUAUAUAAACUAGAGAUCAAGACCAGUGAUUAUUCAACAUUCAGACUCUUCAGGAAUAUCGUCUUUGAUGAAGAGAAGUCAGUGUCAGUGAUGAAGGGGGCGGAUGUGACUCUAAGUGUCAAUACUGAAAUACAGAGAGGAGAUAAGAUAUUCUGGAUGUUUGGAGAUGACAACAGUCCUAUAGAUAAAAACACAGAAGAGAAGUGUGAAGAAGAGUCUGCGUACAGUGAUUCUAUAUUUAAAGAUAAAGUGGAUCUGAAUCGUCAGACUGGAGAUCUCACCAUCAAGACAACUGAAACUGACCACACUGGAGAAUACAAACUAAAGAUCAUCAGAAAUGGCAAAUCCUCAUUCAAGAUAUUCAGAGUUACUGUUUCUGAUCAAGUGAAGACAUCAGCGCUGAAGGGAUGUCCUGUCAUUCUGUACUAUGAUACUGAUAUACAGAAGGAUGAUAAAAUACAGUGGAAGUUUGAAGAGAAACUCAUAGCUGAAAUGACUGGAGAGAACCGUUGGAAACCUCAAUGGUUUGCUGAUGAUGAAUUCAGAGACCAAAUGAAGCUGGACCCUCGGACUGGAUCUCUCAUCAUUCAACAAACCACACCUGAACACUCUGGAUUAUAUAAACUAGAGAUCAAUAACAGUUAUUAUUCAACAUUCAGACUCUUCAGUCUUAUCGUCUUUGAUGAAGAGGAGAGGAAACCAUCGAUGAAGGAUUCCACAGAAAAACGAGAGAAUGAAUCAGUGACUGUAGUGAUGCCGCUGCUGAAAGCAGAGGAUCUGGAUGGAGUGAAUGAGCAGGAGAGUUUACUUUAAUGAGAUUAGACACGCCCACAAGUGUCAAUCACUCUGACAUCAUCAACACUUCAGCUACAACAACAAAAACACAUUUCUGCUUUCAUAAGCCUCUAGAAUCCGUCCAGUGAAAGAGAGAAAUGAAGCCGUGUCUGUUGAGAUGAUGAACCUGCAUGUAAAAAGCUUCUGUGGUUUUAUAUGAACCCAGAAACACAGUAAUCAAACACUUUCUAAUGUUACACUUCAUACCUGUACCACUGUUAACAUAAUACUAGUGUGACUCUCACAGCUUUGAUUUUCUGUGAUUAUCGACAGGAAUAUGAUUUUUAUAAGAUGUUUUACCACAGUAUUUGAAUUUGCCGUUUUAUGUAAUUAACACCAGUGCCAGAUUAACGUUCAUGUUCAGAACUAAUCACAUGUCUUUGAGAUCACAUGACCUUCUCUUCAUGUGUAGAAGUUCAUUAGUGUGAAUGAGACUAACAGCUUUGACCAUUCAGUGUUAUUCAGCUUCACUGUAAGUGACUUUAUUAUUGUAAAAAUAACAAUAAUUAUAACCAACUACUUAAGUUGACAAUCUUUUUUAUUUAUAUAUAUAUAUUUCUUUUUAAGUUGUAAAUGUAUGGCUUUUUUUGCUCUAUGACAUAAUUAUGCUUGAAUAAGAGUAUAUCAAAGAUAAGAUGUGAAGUGAAUCUUAUCUGAAUGAUUGUAAAUGUGAGUUGAAUUUAAAGUGCCUUUAUAUUCAUGCUGAAGCACUUACAGUAGCCUUAUUGUACUUCUCACAAAAAAAAAAAAAAGAUGGAAAAAGACAUUUUGCAUAAUACCAUUGUGGUGUUUCUUGUGUUUUAUUAUUUUUUUCAGAAGCAUGUUAUUAAUGAAUAUUUGAAUUUAAAGUGCCUUUAUAUUCAUGCUGAAGCACUUACAGUAGCCUUAUUGUACUUCUAAAAAAAAACCAAAAAAAAAACAUUUUGUUCGGAUUUAAUACUCCGUGUCAUGAUACCACAUUGUGGUGUUUCUUGUGUUUUGUUAUUUUUUUCAUAAGCAUGUGAUUGAUGAAUAUUAUUGCUAUACUGCUGAUCUUAAUGUCUGAUCUCUUCUGUCCUCUAGUGGACAGACACUGAUACAGCUUUUGCUUCCUAAUAAAUCUUUUAACAUGAA